AUGAAUCACUUUUAUGGAAACAUUCCAGAAGAAGCUUUAAAGGGUGAUGUUCUGCAAAUUCUCAUCUUGCAUUAUAAUGAAUUUGAAGGACCAUUACCUCGUACUCUGCUCAACUGUAUAGCUCUCCAAGUUCUUGAUGUUGGAAACAAUGGUCUAAAUGACUCAUUCCCACACUGGUUAGAUGCUCUUCCACAAUUGGCAGUGCUCAUCUUAAGUUGUAAUAAUUUUUAUGGGGUGAUAGGAAAUCCUACCACCAAGAUUCCAUUCCCUAUGCUGCGAGUUCUUGAUCUUUCCAACAAUCACUUCACUGGACAUUUGCCUGAAAAUUAUUUGCUGCAUUUUACUGGGAUUAUAAAUGAUAUUACUCCUCAUUUAGUUGUAACAUACUCUAAUGACCAUUUGUAUUAUGCUUUUGGAAGCUCUGUAAUGCUAGUGGUGAAAGGGUCUGAGCAUCCCGUGGAAGAAAUUCUAUACCUGUACACACUCAUAGACUUAUCAAGUAACAUGUUUGAUGGAGACAUUCCUAAUUCAAUAGGAAUCCUUGCUGACGGGGGAAAUUCCAUUGCAACUAUCAAAGCUUGGAUUUCUGGAAGUACUGAACCUCUCCUAUAA